UCCUCGUCGGUUCCUCCUGAGAAUAUUACCAACAUUGUUCGGGUUUGUUCGAUUGGCGGAAAAUUGACGCGAAACACUGCAUUCUCGCCUGAAUUUUGCGGCGAAGAGAGGUGACACGUGUGGCGGUUGUGGCACGUGGGCCUGAGAAAUUUGUCAAAAUGCCGGUUUACCACGACGAGGUUGAGAUCGAGGACUUUGAGUACGACGAGGACGAGGAAAUGUACUACUAUCCUUGUCCAUGUGGAGAUCAAUUUCAAAUAUCCAAAGCGGACCUUAUCAACGGCGAGGAAGAUGCCACGUGUCCGUCCUGCUCGCUCGUCAUCAAAGUCAUUUACGAUAAAGAGAAGUUCAUUACUGUCCAGGAAGAGGUUUCCGAAAAAGACUCGGAAAAACCUGAGGUGCGACUGCAGAAGGCCUAAGAGCUUUGCUAUAGCUUCUAAUGUCAAUUAACGCUUUCGAGUAUUUCCGUUGUAUUAUAAUGACAUCCACCGUGUCAG